AGACAAGCCACUUCUCUAGUCGCAUGUCUGUCUUGUGCAAUACAUUAAAAUUAGCAACGUUUUUGUACACAUAUAGAUCGUAGGUAGCCAAAUUGAAAAAGUUUUUAAAUGUAUUUUAUAAUUUAGCAUGUAUUAGAGAGCAUCAUGACGUAUUGCGUACAAAGGUCGUGAAACGGCUCUGUGAUAAUCUAACAACAAACACUACACAUUGAGAGAUUUGGAUCUAGUCGCAGUUGUUUAGUUAAAGUGAAUGGCAGGAACGCAUUUUAGACUUUGGACGAUAUUGAAAGUGUUGGUUUAAGUUUAAUUAGAAUUAGGGACACACGAGCAGACUGAAGGGAUACAAUUAGUUUGGCCUACUUAAGGACAUCAUCCGAGGUCGGAAACCGACACCAAAGACAAGUUCAAGGACUUCUUCGCCUCCAAAGAGGAUUUCCUACGAGGAUCCACAAAUUCUAAAAGAAAGGCUACAAAUAGUACCGAGAUGGCUGAAGCCCAUUCGGCUGUCGCCUUCUCGUUUGCAAUCACCCACGAGGGAUGGGACGUCAAUUUUGAUCGUGAGGUUCUUCACCUGGUCUGGGAGUCUGGUGUCAGGUCGUGGAAGAAGCGGCUGGCCAGAUUCAGGAAUAGUAUACACAAUGGAGUAUAUCCAGCGCACACUGAAAGUCUCUGGAUAUUCUUCACAAUUAUUGCAGCGAUUCAUUUCACAGGACACAGGGUGCCGUAUGAUUUUGUAAAUAAAAUUGUACCAUUAUUACCAGGGUCUACCACAGGCUGGCAGCUAACAGGAUGUGCCAUAAUGGCACUUUGUCUAUGGUUAACUAUAAUUUUCGUUUUAAGAUACACAUUUAAAUUGUUACUGAUGUACAAAGGAUGGAUGUAUGAGGCCAGAGGGAAAGGGACUUCUGUUUCGUUACCGACAAAGAUUUGGCUUGUGCUAGUCAAAAUCAUGUCCGGUUGGAACAAACCAGGAUUGUACAGUUAUCAAGGAUCACUGCCAAGACUGCCUUUACCAUCGGUUGAAGACACAACCAAAAGAUAUCUUAGAAGUGUCCGUCCCUUAUUGGAUGAUGCCAGUUACAAGCGCAUGGAAGGUCUGACUGAAGAAUUCAAAAAAGGCAUUGCAGUGAAACUGCAAAGAUAUCUCCUUCUGAAAUCCUGGUGGUCGAGCAACUAUGUCUCAGAUUGGUGGGAGGAAUAUGUUUAUUUGAGAGGGAGAGGAGCCUUAAUGGUGAAUUCUAAUUUCUAUGGAAUUGAUGCUAUCAUGAUGCAUCCAACACAAGUGCAGGCUGCGAGGGCUGCACAAGUAAUUUCGCUCUGUUUGAAAUUGAGAAGGCUGGUUGAGAGACAAGAGUUGGAACCUAUAAUGGUCCAGGGCAUUGUUCCUUUGUGUUCAUGGCAAUAUGAACGUAUUUUCAACACGGUUCGUCAGCCAGGAGUGGAAACUGAUCGUAUUGUCCACUAUGCAGACAGCAAUCACAUUGUUGUCUAUCACAAAGGGCGUUAUUUCAAAGUUAUGAUUUAUCACAAAGGCAGAAUUCUGAAUGCAUGUGAAAUACAAGUACAAAUAGAACAAAUUUUAGCUGAUAAAUCAGAGGCUCUUCCUGGUGAGGAAAGAGUUGCUGCACUUACGGCAGGAGAUAGAACACAUUGGGCGAAUGCAAGAAUGAAAUUAUUUAGUAAAGGACCUAAUAAAGUAUCUUUAGAUUUAAUAGAGAAGUCUGCUUUUGUAGUCGCUUUAGAUGAUGAGCCUUAUGAAUUUGAUCAGAAACAACCAGAGAAACUGGACAGGUAUGGAAGGAUAUUGCUGCAUGGAAAUGGGCAUAACAGAUGGUUUGAUAAAUCAUUCACAUUAUGUAUUGGAAGCAAUGGACGGGUUGGAUUUAAUGCUGAGCACACAUGGGCUGAUGCUCCGAUCAUGGGACAUCUUUGGGAGUGCAUCAUCGGAGAUGAGUUGGUUGAAGGAUAUGAUGCAAAUGGUAACACAAAAGGUGAAAUUGGUUUUGAGCCACCAACUCCAGUUCGUCUUCAAUGGGAUCUGAAAAGUGACGAGUGUCAAAAAACAAUAGAAGCAUCAUAUUUGGCAGCCCAGAGCCUAUUGAAUGAUGUGGAUUUAAGGAUAUAUGUCCACGAUAAUUAUGGAAAAGGUUUUAUGAAGACCUGUAGGGUUUCACCGGAUGCCUACAUCCAGAUGGCUUUACAGUUAGCUUAUUAUAGAGAUUUUGGUAAAUUCAGUCUGACGUACGAGGCUUCUAUGACCAGAUUAUACAGAGAGGGAAGAACUGAAACUGUGAGACCUUGUACUAUAGAAUCCGCCGCGUGGGUUAAAUCUAUGGAAGACGCAACUAAAACUACUGAAGAAAGAGUUAAACUCCUCUAUGCAGCUUGCAAGCAGCACCAACUUGGUUACCAAGAUGCUAUGUGCGGAAAAGGUAUAGAUCGACAUCUUUUCUGUCUGUAUGUAGUUUCAAAAUACCUAGAAGUAGAUUCACCCUUCCUGAAAGAAGUUUUGAGUGAGCCUUGGCGUUUGUCAACUUCACAAACACCGCAUGGACAGACAAACAAAAUGGAUUUAAAGAAAUAUCCAAAUUGUAUUAGUGCAGGCGGUGGUUUUGGGCCAGUUGCUGAUGAUGGGUAUGGAGUUUCAUAUAUAAUCGCAGGGGAGGAUUUGAUAUUUUUCCAUAUCAGUAGUAAAAAUAGUUCACCUCAAACGAAUUCAAACAAGUUUGCACAACAAAUUGAGAAAGCUUUGGCUGAUAUGAGAAUAUUGUUCACGGACUUCAAAAAGUCUGCGAAAAAAGCGUAAAAAUUUAAUGCUGAGACGU